UUCGUCGUCGUCAGUUCAUCUUUUGGCAUCGUUUCGUCGGGUUGUGUCCGUAAUUUUUCUGGUAAUCGGAAGGCGUAGUGAAGUUUUUCCUCGUUUAACUAGAAAAGAUUAAAGUUCUUUUCGGUAAAUUUGUUACCAACAAUUAACGGCGCGCGUGGAAUUCUUUAGCAUCGUCGGUGGUUUAUAAUUGGAAAAAGUGCGACGAAAAUCCACGCCCGUUUAGCAAGAAGCCUUUGAAGUGGAAAAAACCGUCAAAUUUUAGUUGGUUUCCACUAAUCGGUCGUUUUUUUCCUACUCGGUCGUCGUGUGUGCCAUUACAACACCCUAUAAUAGUGCUAGUUGAUGAUAGCCGCUGGUUUUUUUUAUGUGAGCCGCGAUCAAGCCAUUGCUGCCUCAGUGAAUAUAUAGUGCUGUUAUAGUGAUUUCGAAAUAAGCGACGGGCAGCGCAGGUUUUUGUGACUGUCACCUGUCACGAGGGGUGGUGUUUUUUCGAUUCCGGAAGGCCAAUUCGGCAUAUGCUUCUGCCCUGAAGCAGUCGAGAAGAUAGCCUCCAGCUGUUUGUUUUGGGUCUGGAUCAACCCGAGCACGAGAACAAAGAAAGCUUAAACUACUGCCGAGAACGGAACGGAUUACGGGAAACAUAGGAAGCCUGGGGACAGUGGAAUCCCCUCGAGACGGUGAAUCAAGCAGUUCUCAUCGAGACCGUGCUCAAAACUUCCGCGUCUCGCUAACCGGUUGGCUGCUGGGAAGUGCUGUGAACUUGAAGUGCAAAGUUGGAAUAUUCGAUUUAACAAAACUUAAUUAAAACAACAAAAGUGAAAUUCGAGCUACCCUCAGCAUCAACUAAUUGCUUGAAUAAAACCACAAAUGGACGCCGUAGAGACAACGAACCACUUUGUAGCCUUUGGAGAAGCACAAAACGGUAAGCGAGAUCUGAAGACACCUCUAUUGGCGACCACUAACGGAAUCAGCUCGCCACCACCGAUGACGGUACCCAAUGGACAGCUGCGUUACACGACGGCAGCUGCAGCUGCUUCUGCCAACAACAACUACAACGCCCACGCCAAAUCCAAUGGCACCAAUGGCUUGAGUAAUGGUGGUAGCCAGCAGCAGAAGCCCUCGACCGCCAAAGCACAAUCCGAUGACGACUGUUGCUACCAGGAGAAGGAUGAGGAACGAUCGGCCCGGCAAUCGUUGAUCAUCCUGGCGGCGAUCUUCUUUACCAGUUUGUUUGCCAUGAUCUAUGUUUAUGCCAUGUUUCCGGAGUUGGAUGAGGCCGAGAAGCAGUACAUUAAGGUGCCGUUUGAUAUUGAGGAUGCCAAGCAGCUGGGGCGAGUGCUGGAUCGCUACAAAGAUCUGUACUACCUGGAGGUGAUGUUCGGCGUUAUCCUGGUGUACAUUUUCCUCCAAACCUUUGCCAUUCCCGGCUCGCUGUUCCUAUCGAUCCUGUCCGGGUUCCUGUACAAUUUCCCGGUGGCCCUAACGCUGGUGUGCUUCUGCUCGGCCCUCGGUGCAACCCUUUGCUAUCUGCUGUCGCAGCUGGUCGGACGCCGGGUCGUGAAGCACUACUUCCCGGAGAAGGCUCGCGUCUGGGCCCAACAGGUGGACAAACACCGCGAAGAUCUGCUCAGCUACAUGCUGUUCCUGCGCAUGACCCCAUUCCUGCCGAAUUGGUUCAUUAACCUGGUGGCGCCAGUGAUUGGGGUUCCGCUUUACCCGUUCGCCGUUGGGACAUUCCUCGGAGUGGCACCACCCUCGUUCAUCGCCAUCCAAGCUGGGAAGACGCUUUAUAAAAUGACCAGCUCGAGUGACGCCUUCAGCUGGGGCUCGGUUACCAUGCUGGCUGUGUUUUCGGUAUUUUCCCUUGUGCCGGUAAUCUUCAAGCGGUACUUCAAGUCCAAGAUCGAUUAAAUUGUGGUCGGUCGAUUAACGACGGGGAUAGAGUUGGCCAAAUGUUUUCGCGUUACCGGAACAUGUGAAGCAAAAGUCAGAACGGUGGAAUGGUUUCUAGACAGAGGAAGGUGAGUCAUUAGUAUGUAAGUCCGUUAGGGGAAGCAAGUUGUACGAAAACAAGUAAGAGUAAAUGCCACAGGUUGGCAAGUUGCGUACGGUAGCAAUUGGAAUAGUAUAAUUUUAGCCAAAGAUAUGAUAAGAAAGUAAGGUUUAGAGAAGUAUUGACUGGGGGAAACUGUUUGCGAAUGUUAUCGUUGUUCCGUUCGUUCGAACGAACUUUUUAACCCGGAACGGUGGUAAUGAUACUGAAAAUGUCUCGAAGAAAAACUAAAACUAAAAAAUUAUAGUCCUUAAUCUAAUAAUCGCUUCACCUAAUGCGUUCUUUGGAAUAUUUCAAGUAUAUUCCAUGUUUCCUAAUGUUAUUUGGCUUCGAAACCAGUUAUGCUACACUGAGUAUAUCGUUACAUUUCGGAUAUUAGGUAAAGUUUGGUCCUUAUAAUACUUACAGUAAAAUAUUAUCCUUAAAUUACUCGAUUUAAAAAUAUGAAACGCUCUAAAGCCAGCCAGCAAUCAACAAUAAAACGCUACUUGCCCCUUUCACUUAAAUGUAUUGCUCGAUAAAAUGAUAGCUAAUUACCUGUAACCCGAUAUUGCAAUAGAAUUUAUUCCUACCACCACCACCAUAUCAUAAACUAAUACGCUUUAGUAAGAAGGUUUUAAUGAGAUCGUUGUCUCUGUCCGCAAUGUGUGCCGGAACUUUAACUAAGGUUUUCGUUGUUAAAAAAAAAAAACUUUCUCCACGAGGUAUCUACAAAGCUCCUCAAUGAGCAAAAAAAACCUAUUUCAGAACUUUGAGUUCGUUCAUGCAGCUCCUUACAUACAAACGAUUUUUUAAAGAAGAUGUUUAAAAAAUAUUUCUAGAAAUCGCACUAGCACCAUCUGUCGGUCACUAGUUCAAAGUCGAUUGAGCUUAAACGAGGUUCGAGUUUUUUUGUGAUAUUCUUUGUCUCUUUAAUGAUAAACUUUUCUGCAAACAAAUAUUCCUCCAAAAGAAAGUUGAAUCAAAUUUGGCAAGUAAAACGUCAAAUUUGUUCAAAAAUAAGUUCUGAACCGUAUUCAAAAACUUUAGUCUUACUUGCAGCCCUUUCAGAUUAAUGUCGUUUGUUUUUGUGGUGUAUCUCUUCCUACUUGAGCUUUCGUCAGAAAAUAACCGAUUUAAGGGAGGCACCGAAAAAUUUAACACCAGACCAUUCGAACUGUACUAACUAACUAGCUGUUUGUCACCGACAAAAAACGGGAUAGUCAUAAAGUAAAAGGAAAGAAACUAGUAAUACCGAUAUGAAAGAAAAAUACGAUAAAAUUAAUAAAGCCACGCGAUAGUCUUAAUUCUAGUGAUAAAUAAUUGAUACUAGUACACUAUUCAUACUAUUGACUUAUGGAGGGUGAGAAUCAAUCAAAACUGUGAGAAAAGACAUUGACACUCCAGAUAGGGGUUCGAAAAGUAGAAAGCAAAUUGAAACAGUUUAAUAAAU